UCAGUAUAAAAUGCAGUGGAUGGCAGUGCAUCGCCACCAUUAGACAGUCGGUAGUUUGUCCAUUCGCAGGUGAAACCGUAGCUACGAGAAUCGCGCAACAUGAUGAAACUGAUGCUAGUCGUUGGAUUUAUGGCCCUAAUUGCCCUGGCCACCGCCCGUCCCCAGAACGAUGUCGAGGUGCUGGAGUACGAGUCGGAAAACAUUGGCAUUGGCGGCUACAAGUUCAGCUACAAGCUCAGCGAUGGCACCACACGCUCCGAGGAGGGUACGGUCAACAAUGCUGGCACUGAGAACGAGUCUAUCUCCAUCCGUGGCUCCGUCAGUUGGGUGGCACCCGACGGACAGACAUACACCAUUAAUUUUGUGGCCGAUGAGAAUGGUUUCCAGCCGGAAGGUGCCCAUCUACCCAAAUAGGAUGAUGUUUGAUAAACCACCCGGAAGAUGCUCCU